CAUUCUGAUUUGUUGUCAUGUCUUGUAUUGCAGGCAUGUUUGACCAAAACAAAAAGAAUUGUAUUUGAUUUGGAGAAGAAACUUAAGAAUGAAGGAAAUGAUUGAGAUGGAAAAUAGAUAUAUAGAAAGGGGAAAGUCUGCAAAAUUAUGUGAUAACAAUAUAUGCAAAUGGGUCAAGCUUUUGGAAAAUUCUCCGAUUCUUCCUCCGGCAACAAUGAGAUACGAGUUAUAAUGAUGGGUUUGGGUGCAUCUGGUAAAACAACAAUACUUGAAAAACUACAAUCUAAAAAUGAAAAUUCCACUGUCGGCAUCCCUACAGUUGGGUUGAAUGUGGAGAACGUGAAGUAUAAGAAUGUGUUAUUCAUUGUUGGGGAAAUUGGUGGACAAUGCUCACACUACUUGAGGCCACAUUAUUUUUAUAAUGAUGCACUGAUCUAUGUGGUCGAUUCCUUAAACCAUGAAAGAUUUGAAGUAGCGAAAGCCGAGUUUCAGGACAUCAUCAAACAUCCAAGUAUGCUCAAUCGUCUCAUUCUGGUGCUUGCCAACAAACAAGAUAUGAAAGGAGCAAUGACAGCAAUGGAAGUAUGUGAAGGAUUAGGGCUUUUGGAAGUGAAAGACAGGAAAUGGGAUGUCAAAGGGACUUGUGCUCUCACAGGAGAUGGCCUAUAUGAGGGGUUGGACUGGUUCAUUUCAACUUUAUCACAAAUCAAAGCUGUUGAAUGAGUAGUUCAUCACUGUAAUUUAAUUUUCCAGUUUUUGCAGGUUUACUUGCAAAUAUUUCCAAUGUUUUAUGGUUGUGGGACUCAUGCAUGUGUUUCUUGCCACUCAAGCUUUUGGAUUGGGCAUAAUGUGCAAGCUAUAAGAUACGGGCUUUUUAUAUGUUUUACGGGUUUUUUCAGCACAAUAUCUUUUAUACGGACCAAGCAAUUUCUUUACUUUUC